AUGGAGCGCGCUGGAGCUGGUGGCCGCCAUGGCCGCGGCUCCGACGGCCCCAGACUUGGCCGCGGCCGUGGCUCUGGCCACAGCGGCGGCGAAGAUUACUACGAGGAAGAAGAUGGCUACUACGGCGGGGGCGACUUCCAUGGAACCGAGCAUGGCUUCGCCCCUGGCUACGGCGACUACUACGACAGUGGCCGUGGGCGGGGCUGGCCCAGGCGGGGGUUUCGGCCCCGCGGCACUCGGGGCUUCGCCGCCCGUCGUGGUGGUCGCACGGGCCGCCCCGGUCGUGGAGCAGCUCCUGGACGCGCGGCUGCUGGCAGGCAUGGUCCUGCACUGGAGGGUAGGAGCGCCCCAGCCGGCAGGGAAGCGCCAAAGGCAGCACCUAUUCUGCCGUCAGGUGUUGAUGGAGGACACCCUGAUCCAGCCUUAUUUGCACCUUAUGCCGGUUCGAGGUCCACGGAGCUUGACAAGGCAGUGGGUGAAGGAGAGGUUGAUGUAGCUCGAAAUGGUGGAAAAGCGAAGACCAGUAGGUGUUCUUUGAAGGGCCAUGCGGCUGCAGACUGCAAGACGGAGAUAUACUGCGAUAUCUGCGAUGGGCACGAGCAUGUUAACCAUCGUUGUCCCGUGCUUAACCAUCGUUUAUAUGCAUAA